AUGGGAACAUUCAAGAAGGAGCGCAGUGGUGCUGGAAAGAGUGCUGCUUCUGCUGAAGGCGGUCAUUCACUCACAAAUGUCACUCACGUUAAAGGUGUCAAUUUUUAUAGAAAUGCCAAGCAGGUGCGACAGUUGAAUAUGAUCAAAGGUGGAAAACCCACUCGAGAUGCUUCUGGAAAGAUCACCAAGGCUGCAGUCUUUCAGACUCGUCUAGCUCCUGGAACUCAAGCAAGAGUGCAAUCAGAUAGACGAUGGUUUGAAAACACUCGUGUGGUUGGCCAAAAGGAAUUGGAUUCGUUUAGAGAUGCAAUCAAUUCAAAACUCAAUGAUCCAUAUAGCUUUGUUUUGCGCACUAAGCAACUUCCUCUUGGGCUUGUUUCCGAGUAUCAAAAGCAAUCUCGCAUGCAUUUGCUUGAUACAGAGACUUUUGGAAGCACAUUUGGUCCAAAGGCUCAGCGUAAAAAGCCCAAGCUAAAUGCUGCUUCUAUGGAGGAUCUUGCCACUCAUGUCGAUACAAAAAUUGGUGGAUACGAUGUUGAUAAAGACGAGAUUCUCAAAGUGAAUGUAGACGGAACUAUUCCCGAAGCACGUGAUCCUAUUUUUAAAAAGGGCCAGUCCAAGCGUAUCUGGAACGAGUUGUACAAGGUUAUUGAUAGUUCUGACGUGAUCAUCCAUGUUUUGGAUGCUCGUAACCCUGAAGGUACUCGAUGUCCCAAUGUCGAGCGCCAUCUUAAAAAGGAAGCACGACAUAAACAACUCAUUUUUGUCUUGAACAAAUGUGAUUUGGUUCCUAGCUGGGUUACGGAGAAAUGGAAGCGCACGUUGGAAGCUGAAUAUCCCACGGUUGCAUUCCAUGCCAACAUCAACAACUCGUUUGGUAAAUCUGCUUUGAUCAAUUUACUUCGUCAAUUUAGCAAACUUCAUUCCGACAAAAAACAAAUCUCUGUUGGAUUUGUUGGAUAUCCAAAUACUGGAAAAAGCUCCAUCAUCAACACUCUCAAAGCAAAAAAAGUUUGCUGUGUUGCACCCAUUCCUGGUGAAACCAAGGUGUGGCAAUACAUUACCCUUAUGAAGCGUAUCUAUCUGAUUGAUUGUCCUGGUGUCGUGUAUGGCUCUUCUGAAGACACUGAAACAGAUAUCGUUCUCAAGGGCGUUGUUCGUAUUGAAAACAUUUCGCUUCCUGAGCAGUAUAUUCCUGCCAUCAUUGAACGGGUACGCCAAGAGUAUCUUGCUCGUACAUACAGUCUCACCUCAUGGACCGAUUAUGUCGACUUUCUCUCGCAGAUUGCAACACGAUCAGGCAAAUUGCUCAAGGGUGGAGACCCCGAUAUCAACACUGUUGCUAAAAUGGUAUUGAAUGAUUUUAUUCGUGGCAAGAUUCCAUACUAUACACUUCCUAAAAAACCUCUUGCUAUCCUACCUGAAGCAGAGUCUACAUCUGCCACAGCUAUUGCUGAAAGUGUUUCUACCGAGGUAGAACUGGAUACUCCCCACGAUAUCAAAUUCAAAACUGUUUCACGUGUAGAACAGAAAAUGAGCCAUAUUCGUGUGUUGCAAAACUAUUUGCCAGACGAAAUGGAACAUGCUGGAGUUUCCAAAGAAGAACUCGAGCAUGAGGCUGCUCUUGCUGCUGCUGCCAAUGAUAAAUCCUCUAUUGAUGAUGAACUGGACUACGACAGCGGUGAUGACGAUGUAACUGAAGUGUCUACCGUGACUGCAGGCACUAAAUCAAGCCAAUGGCGCGAUGAAUUGUCCGACGACGAAGUACUCAAAGACGACAGUACGUCGUCCAGUCCUAUUUCUAAAAAUUCUGCCGUCACAUCUCCUUUGAAGCGAUUGGUAUCUACUACCAAUCGUGCAGCAAAAUCUACCAAAGUCAAGAAUGCACCAGCUGCAUUUUCUGAUGAAGAGGUGGAUCGCCGACAUAGCAAAAAGGAACCUCGUAUGACUACCAAUAAGAAAAAGGUUGGUUCCAAUUUUUACGAUACGGCAAAUGUCAAGAAUCGUAAUCGCAACAAGUCUCGCCCAGAUGCAUCUAGCAAGAGUGCUGCCAAGGGAAAGUGGAAUGUUGAGUAACUAUAAUAAUAUUUUGUUUAUAUAGCAC